AAAACAAAUCAGAGUAGCUGAACAUGCUAAAAAGCUCGAUUUGAAUCCCUUCGCCGGGUGAAGACCUCAUCGACACUCCGAUUUCAUUUUUGGGGGAAAACGAUUGCAGACUAUUUGAAAUGUAUGAGAAAGGUGCGGCAGUUGCCUUGUUUCUGUUCCUUGCCCGGGUUACAUGUUCGUUGGCUGCAGGUAAAACAGGCCCGGGGCACUUUGAUAUUCGCCUAACUGGUGGAAGAACGGAAUUCGAAGGCCUUGUGGAGAUUUUUUUAGUCAACCUCGGAUGGAUGGCAAUCUGUGAUGAUUCCAUAAAUUUCAAAACGGCCAACGUUCUGUGCCGGAUGCUUGGUUAUGGUUCAGCCAUCAGCUACCACUGUUGCGGAGAACUCGGAUCCGGAGACGGGAACUAUGUAUUCGAUUCUAUCCGAUGCGAGGGGAACGAACAGAGCAUAGAGGAAUGCCAAUAUCGGAUCGAAGAGCACUAUUAUGACGAGUCAAUGAUAUCCGAAUAUUUCUGUGGUCACGAAGAAGACGUUGGACUUACAUGCGACCCAGCUGAAGUUCGAUUGAACGGAGGAUACGACCCUACGAUGCAAGAAGGUAAAGUGGAGAUCCUACACGACCAUGUAUGGAAGGCCAUCUAUGCCGAGUCGAUGGAUUUCAACCUGGCUAUCCUCCUGUGUCGAAUGUUGGACUAUCAUACUGCAAAAAGCUAUCACGAGCGCGUGGUGGUGCAACCUCGUGAUGGGAUUGUCAACGGCUUUUUCCAAUGCACAGGGGAAGAGCUACACUUCAACGACUGUGACUUUGCUAAUGGUGGGAUAAAUAGCACAGGCGAUCUUAGUCGAAUCGCAACGCUUUCUUGUAUCUCAAUGCCCAUUCGCCUGAGUAACUCGCGCAAGGAAGAUGAAGGAGAUGUGCAGGUUUUCUAUCACGAUUCGUGGGAGAAUGUGUGCUUCAACUCCUGGGGUAUUAACGAAGCCAACGUUACCUGUCGCAUGUUGGGCUAUGAGGGCGCCUCAGCAGCCUUUCGCGGUGGGGCAAAUUCUGCACCCGGGGUGCUAGAAUGGGUUCAGUGUAACGGAACAGAAAGAAACCUUGCACAUUGCAACAUGUCCGAGUUAGAGGAAGUGCGUUGUCCUGGAAUGGGCCUUGCUGCAGCCAGGUGUAUCGGAAAACGUAAUGUGUUCCUCUUAAUUGCUAUAUAGAUAAUAGCUUAUCUUUCUAAAAUCUGAUCGAGAUAAUCCUGAUUAAAAUUAUUCUAAAGAAUACAAAUAAUAAAAUAAAGAAAUUCUGGCUAAAUUCACUCCAAUGGUAUUGUAAACUGUAG